AUGAUGUUAAUUUUAAAUCAGAUUAUUUUCAUUCAUAUAUUCACUGUGUUCUAUGUGGAUUCACGCUUAACACAUGAUGAAGAAAUUUUAUAUAAUGAACAUAUAAAUAGUCGAAGAUUGCUAUUAAACUGCCGAAUUCCCGGUCAACCGAGACCAAUUUAUCACAAGGGGGAAUUGUAUUGGGAUGAAGAAUUGGCAAGCCUAGCAGGUAGACAAGCAGAAGCAUGUGAUUUGAAUACUGAAUACAGGAAAACUGAAGUGAAAAAAGAAUAUGGCGAUACAAUUGAGAUAAAUACAGCGGAUAAUAACGAGGUUAAAAAUGCUGUAAAAUCAUGGUUUAAUGAACAUGCAUUGUAUAAUUUCAAAAGGAAUCAAUGUCAAGUUCGUGGGGAUUGUUUACAUUAUAAAAAAUAUUGGGAUCCAGAAUUGGCAAGUCUAGCAGGUAGACAAGCAGAAGCAUGUGAUUUGAAUACUGAAUACAGGAAAACUGAAGUGAAAAAAGAAUAUGGCGAUACAAUUGAGAUAAACACGGCGGAUAAUAACAAUGUUACAAAGGGUAAUAUAAAACGUUCACAACCGUACGAGGAGAAUAAAGCUUAUCCUUGUCCACCGAUUGCAACAACAACAACGACAAUAGCACCUAUCACAACGACUAGAAAUUUACAAAUGGGUCCAUAUGGUCGUUUGCGUUGUAAUUGUAAAUGUCGACCUUAA